AUGGCCGCCGCGAACCAAGUUUUUAUUGCCGUCAUCGGCGCUGGCGGCGUUGGCAAGUGCUUCUUGUCGCAGCUUCAGACGCUCGCGACCCGACGACCCUCGCCCAAGCUCACUCUCUGCUACAUCUCGACCAGCAAAAAGGCACUGUUCCACGACGACUAUGCCGAGAUCGGCAUCGACACCGCCCUCGACUCGCUCGCCGCCUCGACCAAGACGCCGCCCGAGCUGUCCCAGGUCAUCGAGUACCUCGCCGCCGCGCCCGCCAAGACGGUCCUGGUCGACAACACCAGCUCCCAGGACGUCGCCGACAAGUACCCGCUCGCCCUGUCCCGCGGCGUGAGCAUCGUCACCCCAAACAAGAAGGCCUUUUCCGGCUCCUACCAGCUGUGGAAGGACAUCUUCAUCGCCGCCACCGCCUCCGGCGCCAAGGUCUACCACGAGUCCUCCGUCGGCGCCGGCUUGCCCGUCAUCUCCACCCUCAAGGACCUCGUCGACACCGGCGACAAGGUCACCAAGAUUGAGGGCGUUUUCAGCGGUACCAUGUCCUUCCUCUUCAACUCCUUCGCCCCCACCGACGGCCAGGGUGGCAAGUGGUCCGAUGAGGUCAACAAGGCCAAGGCCCUCGGCUACACUGAGCCCGACCCCCGCGACGACCUCAACGGCCUCGACGUCGCCCGCAAGCUCACCAUCCUCGCCCGUCUCGCCGGCCUCCCCGUCGAGUCGCCCACCGCCUUCCCCGUCCAGAGCCUCAUCCCCAAGGAGCUCGAGGCGUGCGCCAGCGGCGAUGAGUUCCUCGAGAAGCUCCCCGCCUUUGAUGCCCAGAUGGAGGAGACCAAGGCCGCCGCCGAAAAGGCCGGCAAGGUCGUCCGCUUCGUCGGCAGCAUCGACGUGGCCGCCAACGCCGUCAAGGUCGGCCUGCAGGAGUUUGACCGCUCGCACCCCAUCGCCGCCCUCAAGGGAAGCGACAACAUCAUCAGCUUCUACACGGAGCGUUACGGCAGCAACCCGCUCAUCAUCCAGGGUGCCGGUGCUGGCGGUGACGUGACUGCCAUGGGUGUGACGGCUGAUCUCAUCAAGGUGGUUUCGCAGUUUUCAUAA